AUGGCGACCAUCGAAUUUUUACAGGGGAACCUCAACCACGAUGCCAAGGCCCAGGACCUCUUCCACCAGAGCAUGGCACAGUGGUCGAUCAACAUUGCGAUAGUAGCGGAGCCCUAUAAAGUCCCCGACAGAAUCGACUGGGCCGGGGAUCUGGACGGAACCGUGGCCAUAACUACGCGGAGCGCCGCCGGCUCCAAUCCAUUCAAGAGCGUUAUAAAAGGUCACGGCUGCGUCGCAGCGGUCUGUGGGGAUUUGGCGGUAGUCGGAGUAUACUUCUCUCCAAACAAAACUCUGGCUGAAUUUGAGAGCUUCCUUGUUGAGGUCGGUGCUCUUGUUGGUCGGCUACAUCCCACCCCGGUCAUCGUGGCUGGCGAUUUUAACGCAAAACAUGCAGCAUGGGGAUCCCCAGUGACGGAUCCACGGGGACGUACUCUUUUGGAGUGGGCAAUUGCGGCUAACCUGGCAGUCGCAAAUAAAGGAACGGCAAACACGUGCGUGCGCCAAGGGGGUGGCUCUAUUGUAGACAUCACACGUUUACGAACGCUGCCCUGGCACGCCGUGUUCAGGGAUGGGAGGUACUGGUGGAUGUCGAGACCCUGUCAGAUCACCGUUACAUCCGGUUCGGUGUCUCUGCACUCCCUAGGCUCUCUCUCCCAAGACGGAAUGACCCGGUCCAAAACUGCCCACGCUGGGUACUCAAAAAACUCGACCGAGAAGCCCUAG